AUGGAGCUGGGUCCCCCCCAGGACCGGGGUGACGGGGACGUCCCCACAGAGCCCCGUGCAGGUGCCGCGGCGCCGGCCCGGCCCGGUGGCCACCCCCGCGCCUUCCUCAACCUCCUGGGCCUCCUGGAGGGCGCCCGCCCGCCGCCGAAGCCCUACCGCUGCACCGAGUGCGGCAAGACCUUCGGGCAGAGCUCCAACCUCCUCGAGCACCAGCGGACCCACACCGGCGAGCGCCCCUUCACCUGCGGCCAGUGCCAGAAGAGCUUCGGCCGCAGCUCCACCUUGGCCGAGCACCUGAGGACCCACACCUGCCCGGUCUGCGCCCGCGCCUUCACCCGCAGCUCCACCUUGACCGAGCACCGCCGCACCCACACCGGCGAGACCCCCUACGCCUGCCCCGAGUGCGGCAAGACCUUCGGCAGGACCUCCAACCUGGUCAAGCACCUCCGGACCCACACCGGCGAGAAGCCCUACGGCUGCGGGCGCUGCGGGAAGACCUUCAGCCUCAGCUCCAACCUGGUCAAGCACGAGAGGACCCACACCGGCGAGAAGCCCUUCUCCUGCGGGCAGUGUGGGAAGCGCUUCAAGAAGAAGACCCACCUGGCGUCCCACCAGCGGACCCACACCGGCGAGAGGCCCUACCGGUGCGGGGAGUGCGGGAAGGCCUUCGGGCAGAGCUCCACCCUCAUCGAACACCAGAGGACCCACACGGGCGAGCGGCCCUUCC